AUGGAGCUGGCAAGGGCCCUUGCGCUGCAACCCGACAUCCACAUCGACGUGUGCCACAGGGAGAAGCUUGGGAACGACGUCUUGCUGGGUACCGCAGCUGUCCCCCUGUCCCCUCUGCUGCGGGAUGUCUUCAUAGACAGCACCGCAAAGGUGACCAGCCAUGCGACUGAUGAGAGCCUCCUUGAUCGUCACCCCCCCGGCAAGGCACAGGUCGAGGUGGGCAUCCUCAGGGCCAGCGUGUCCAUCGAAGACCUUGGUCCAGCACACAGCUCUCACUCAGACUGCCCCCCCAGGACAAAAGGCACCUCAGCAAACAGAGGCAUGCCAGCUCAUCAGUUGCAAAAUGGGGAGGGGUUUGAACCAAGCCAAAUGAAUGGAAUUGUGGUUCAGGAGGCAGGGCAGACAGAAGGGUGGGGAAGGGAGGGAAAAAAUUUGGAUUUGGGCAAUGGAAUGAUGGGAAUUGACAGUGUGAAAACUGCAGUUGUGGGGAGCCAGGCAGUCGAGGUGGAGGCUGGCAACAUGAUGCGGCUGCAUGCCAGGAAUCAAGGUAGUGAUAGAGGGCUGGAUGGAUGUGGAGAUCCAUCGGUGCAGAGGUUGCAGGGCAUGUGCUCAGGGGUGUGGCAGGAACCGGGUUUGGAAGCAAACUCUCAGAGGAACUGUGGGGGCAGGCAUGGUGAUGAAAUCCCCAUCCCCAUGGUGUGCAGUGGGCCGGGCGUUCUGUCCACAGAGUUUUUGAGGGAUGCUGGGAUGUGGGAGGCACCACGGCUGAGUCACGGGAUGACGAAUCAGCAGCUGAUGAAUCCGCAAGGUGAGGCAGCAGCCCCUGGGGAGCAGGAGAUGGCUGGCUUCGGUUUGGCAGCUGCGGCUCCAAAGCCCUCAUCCACUGAGCUGGCGGCUGCAUGGGACCUGGAGGUGUGGAAGAAAGCCGAGCAGGCCAGGUUCCUGGCAGACCUGAGGGAGAGGGAAGCUGAGAGGAUGGUGGUUCUGGAGAACGAGUGGCGGCGGCGGGAGAAGGUCAGGGAGAAGGAGGCUGCAGAGCUGCGGGCGGAACAUUCAUCGAUGGAGGCACGGCUAAGGGACAUGCUGGGCAUGCUAGAGGCGCGGGAGCGGCAGCUGGUGGCUGCGGAGGAGAGCCUGGCGAGGCACAGGAGGGACAUCGAAAGGGAGUACGCGAUGAGAAGGGCGGAGGCGGAGUCUGCCGUAAGGCGGCUGCAGGUGGAGUGCGAGCACCAGCUGUCGAUGGAGCGGGACAGGAAUGCUGAGCUUGCACGCCAUAAGGUGUCAGUUGAAGAGCGACUUGCGGCAGCGGAGGCCCGGGCUGGGACCAUCGAGCAGAACUUUGCUGAGUACCGCCAUGCGCAACAGAGCACCUCAGUGGCGGAGCUUCAGGCGGAGCUGGUGACCGCAAGGGAGGCAGCCAAGAGGGGGGACGAACGGGCUGAGAGGCUGCUGCAUGCGAAGAAGAGGUACAAGGCCCAAGUGAUCAAGCUUGCUCAGGAGAUUGGGGAGCUGUACAAAAAGAACGAGAUGCCUGUGUACAAUAGCAGUACAGCAAAUGUACUACAGAGGGACUGUAUGGCGACCUCAACACUCCGGUUGGCUGCCGAGGAGGGCACCAUCCAGACAAGGCUGCAGCGCCAGGAGCUGGCGUCCCUAAAGUCCCAGCUUGCUGCCCUUAAGGCCAACAUGCUGGCCUCCACGUCGCCGCCCUCCUGCCCCGCCUCUCCACACGGCGACUCCCCGUACAGACACGUCCUGCAACCUGUGGACAACCAUUUGGCGGCCUCCGAUGGACGUCUGGGGGAGAAGGUGGGUCACCCACUGGACCAUUCGGUCUGUCGGCCAUUCAGCGCCAAGACCCAUGAAGAAGCCAGUCCGUGGAGAGGAGCGGAGAAGCAGUGGGAAGCGGAGCACACCGCUCAAGGAGUCCAACUGGAUGGGCGGGAGGAUGUAGAAGACGAGGCCCGCCAGGCCACGGAAGAAGAAGGCGCUGAGGAGUUUGAACGCUUGUUAAGCGGCAUGGAGGAGGACGGCGGCGGCAAGGUUGCCGCACCCCAGGGCGGUGCAGACGGAUCACAGAACGCCGAAAUCCAAAGGCUGCUGGCCGAGAGGACUGAACUGCUGGAGACGGGGGUCUACUGUGAAGGGGACGAUCUCAUAGUGCAGCUGGACAACCAAAUAAGGGAACUGGCGAGUCGAUGA